CAAAAAUCUGUCAAGAUGUUUGAAACCAUGGCAUAACUCGUACUCUCCUCGUGUUCAGGUUGUUCUUUCAAGAGUGUUCCUCCUCGGAAAGACUUCCUUCCAGCCCUUUCCCCUCAAGUCUGGUUCUUUCACUAUUCCCAGUGAGUGGUGAUUGAUGGACAGUGCAUCCUUCCGCCACGACGUCGAAAGGGACAGCAUGUCUCAAAAACCACUGAAUCCUGGAGAUGGUCGACGGAAGAAAAAGGUACUCAUUGUGGGCGCCGGUGCCGCCGGCAUGUCCUGCGCACACCACCUGAGCCAGAGCCCUGACAAGUACGACAUCACUCUCAUCGACGCGGUAGAUUACUGCGGCGGCCAGGCCUUCGCGGUGCCACUGAAGGACAAAGAGCGCCAUGGGGCCAGCUGGUUCAAUCAAGGCGUCCAGGGCGGCAGCUACAUCUUCCACCACACACUGACCAUGUUCGCCCGACAAGGCUACCACGCCGAUCCGGUCAAUCUGCAGGUUUCGUUUGGCAAAGACGACACCUUCUGGACCAACGUCUUCCCGACCGAGUUGAUCGCUCACCACCAAAAAGAAGUCAAGCGCCUCGCGUUCGCACUCAAGUUCAUGCGCUGGUUCGAGAUCCUGUUCGCCCUCGUGCCCAUGAAGAUUUUCUUCAAGCUCUGGAUGUUCUCCGAGGAGUUCACAAACACCGUCGCCCUGCCCAUGGUCGCAUUGUUCUUGGGCACGGGCAACUAUGCGCCAGAAGUGCCGACUAUGAUGCUCGAACGUCUCUGUACCAGCCCGACGUAUGGCAUGUGGUAUCCGUACGACGACAAGAGCAUCGCCUCCAACAUGCCACCGAUGGUUGUGUUUCCCAAUUUCUCCGAGUUUUACGAGACGUGGCGCAAGGAUCUCGUCGACCGCGGCGUAAAUGUCCGUCUGUCGACGGAACUCGUGGCGGUGUUGAAACGCGACCGCAAAUCUGGUGUCGUCGUUUCACUGAAAAAGCGGACGCCUGCGCCUGACCACCACAACCCGAACGGUGGGGAUCCUGAAGCGCCCACGUUCGAGGAACACUACGAUGAACUCGUCCUCUGCUGCCUUGCCGACACGGCCAAGCGUGUCUUGGAUCGGACUUGUUCGUGGCGCGAGCGGAAGGUCCUAGGAUCCGCCAAAUUCUCGGACGACAUCACCAUCACGCACACGGACUCGGAGUACAUGAAGAAGAACUAUCAGAAUUUCUACGACGAGUCCCUCGCCGUCCAGAGCCUGUCCGGGUCGGACCAGAGCGCACGCUGCGACGCGGCACGGAAAACCUUCCGGCCCAUGUACUACAUCAAAAUGUACGAGGAGGACCGGUCGAAGUUGGAGAUGUGCUUUGACACGACCAACUACCAGGCGCAGUUCCCGGAGAACGUCCCGUUCGAAGACCACGUCUUCCAAACCAUAUACCUGAACAAGGACCGCGACGGGCACCUCUGGACCGACCACGAGAUUGACGAGUCCAAGAUCAUCCGCAAGGACUGGUGGCACCAGUUGUGCCACAGCUACACGCACUACCUGUUCGUGGUGCCGUGGAUGAUGUUCCUGCAGGGCAGGAGGCACGUGAGGUACGCAAGCAGUUGGACCAUGGUGAAUGCCCACGAGGUCGCCAUCAUGGCUGGCAUCGCGGCCGCUGUGGACUUAGGGGCAGAGUACCCUGAAGAUUUGGAGAAUGAUAAGUUCGCACUCUUGUCCUUCAGGCUGUAUUACCUCCUGGUCUAUGGCAAGUGGUACCGACGGAGGCAUUCCAAAAUGAAAGGCGGUUCCGGGAAGCAGCAGCAGAGUCAGAAGGCAAGUGAGGGCCAGAGCUGGGCCAGUGGAUUGUACGGGAGUGUGUACAAGGGCCCUGGUGUCGUCGAGGAAGAAAGGACGACAUGGAGGGAGGAGAUGAAGAUGGGGAGGAGUACGGGGAACUUGGCUGAUGCGGUCAACAAGGAUAGAAGUCAACCUUGAUAAUAAACAGAAUGUGUUCGAGUACUGUCCGGAUACACAUCUUCGAUAGUGGUCGCGUGAGCACUUGUGGUUACGGAGUAAAUGAUUGUGAAAUGGCCAGCUUACCAAUACAUGUUCAGGUGUUUUAUAUCGAGUAUGAAGCACUUCACCAG